GUCCCCCGCCGCGUGCCCCUCACCAUGACCGGCUCCGCCACAGACACUCAUCGCUGCCCCCACCCCAAAGGCGCCAAAGGCACCCGGUCCCGGAGCAGCCACGCACGGCCAGUAAGCCUCGCCACCAGUGGGGGCUCGGAGGAGGAGGACAAAGACGGCGGGGUGUUGUUCCACGUGAACAAGAGUGGCUUCCCGAUCGACAGCCACACCUGGGAGAGGAUGUGGCUGCAUGUUGCCAAGGUCCACCCCAAAGGGGGAGAGAUGGUGGGUGCCAUCAGAAACGCUGCCUUCCUGGCUAAGCCUUCAAUUCCCCAGGUCCCCAACUACAGGCUGUCCAUGACGAUCCCAGACUGGCUCCAGGCCAUUCAGAAUUACAUGAAGACACUACAAUACAAUCAUACAGGAACCCAGUUCUUUGAAAUCAGGAAAAUGAGGCCUCUGAGUGGGUUAAUGGAAACAGCGAAAGAGAUGACCCGAGAAUCCUUGCCUAUCAAAUGCCUUGAGGCAGUCAUUCUGGGCAUAUAUUUAACCAAUGGGCAGCCUUCCAUCGAGCGGUUCCCCAUCAGCUUUAAAACCUAUUUCUCAGGAAACUACUUUCACCAUGUCGUGCUGGGGAUCUAUUGCAACGGUUACUAUGGCUCCCUGGGCAUGAGCCGAAGGGCAGAGCUGAUGGACAAGCCACUGACUUUUCGAACUCUCAGUGACCUUGUCUUCGACUUUGAAGACUCCUACAAGAAAUACCUGCACACGGUCAAGAAGGUCAAGAUUGGGCUGUACGUUCCCCACGAGCCUCACAGCUUCCAACCCAUUGAGUGGAAGCAGCUGGUCCUCAAUGUCUCAAAGAUGCUGAGGGCUGACAUAAGGAAGGAGCUGGAGAAGUAUGCCAGGGACAUGCGGAUGAAGAUCUUGAAGCCUGCAAGUGCCCACUCUCCAACCCAAGUGAGAAGCCGGGGAAAAUCCCUGUCUCCCCGAAGGAGGCAAGCAAGUCCCCCAAGGAGGCUUGGCAGGCGAGACAAAUCAAUUGAAGAAAACUACACUGUCUUUGGAGACAAGGUGGAAAUAACCAGGAGGAAGAGGCCUGCUUUACCUGACAAGAAGGUGGCUGACCUCAGCACUCUGAACGAAGUGGGCUAUCAGAUCCGGAUCUAGCCAUGCCAGGCUGGCGAGACUUCUAUGGUGCUCUUUUCUGCACUUUACCCAGCAGCUUCAGGAGGACCUGCAGCUAUUCAUGAAGAAUUUGUGGAGUUUUGAUUUUGAAGGACUUACGUGGAACAGAAUCUGAGUGGGUGGAAAUGGUGAGCUUUGAAACACUCACUGGGCAGCAGGCAUGACUGGGCUUAAGUGAUGGACAGGCCCCUGGGUUGACUGUCUCCCUCACUCAGGAUCUCAAGGACAAUAUUGUAGUUUUCUAUUUUUUCAUUUGCUGACUGUUGCGCUUGCUUUGGACGUUAUGCCUCAGCUGUAGUGAACUCCUAGAGUUCUCUCCAACUCUUUGUAACUAAAAGUCAGUGUUCCAGCCCUCUCAGCAAUAACAAGCAAAGGUGGUGGUUUUUUAAGCAGUUGAUAUUACCUCAACAUUUUGGCAUCAGAUAUGCAAUCUUAAUGAGUUUUUUUUAUAUUCUAUUUGUAUUGUUUUCCUAGUGUUUCUUAUAGGGAUCUUGAUGGUUUGUUUGUUUGUUUGUUU